AUGCUCUCCUUCCUUCCUUCCUUCCUUCCUUCAUUACAACCCCCUUCUUUCUUUCCGCCUUCCUUUCUUCUGCUCUCCUUUCUCCUUUUCACUGUUCCUCCUUUCAUUUCUUCCUUCCUUCCCCUGUCGUUCCUUCCGCCAUCUUUCCUUCCUCUUUUUCCUUUCUUUUUCUUUUCUUCCUUUCACUUUACUUUCUCCUUUCAACUCUUCUUUCUUUCCCUCCUUCUCUCCGGUUUCUUUCCUUCCGCUUUCUUUCUUUUUCCCUUUUUUCAUUCCGCUUUCUUUCCACCUUUCCACACUUCCUUCCUUCCUUCCUUCCUUCCUUCCUUCCUUCCUUCCUUCCUUCCGCUUUCUUACCUUUUCCUACCUUCUGUUUCCCUAACUUCAUACCCAUUUUUCUUUCUUAACAUUUUUCCUUCUUUCGUUCCUCACUUUCCCCUUCUUUCUUUCUGCUAUCUUUCCUCCUUUUUUCAUUUCUUUUUCCUUCCUUCUUUCCCUCCUCCACCUUCCACUCUUUUUUCCUUCCUUCCUUUCCCCUUCUUUUCUUCUGCUAUCUUUCCUUCCUUUUUCUUUCUUUCUUUUUCUUCCUUCUUUCCUUCCUCCGCCUUUUUUCCCCUUCCACUCUUUUUUAUUUCCUUCCUCCCUUUCCCCUUGUUUUCUUCUGCUAUCUUUCCUUCUUUUUCUUUCUUUCCUUUUUCUUCCUUCUUUCCUUCCUCCGCCUUCUUCCCUUUCCCCUUGUUUUCUUCUGCUAUCUUUCCUUCCUAUUUCUUUCUUUCCUUUUUCCUUCCUUCAUCUCACUUUCUCUCUUCCCCUCUUUCUUUUUGCCUUUCUCCCUUUCCCCUUCUUUUCUUCAGUUAUCUUUCCUUCCUUUUUCUUUCUUUCCCUUUUCCAUCCUUCUUUCCUUCCUGCCUCUUUUUCCCUUCCACUCUUCCUUCCUUCCUUCCUUCCUUUCCCCUUCUUUUCUCUUGCUAUCUUUCCUUCUUUUUUCUUUUCUUUCUCCUUCCGUCUUUCCUUCCUUCCCCUUCCUCCCUUCCACUCUUUCUUCUUUCUUUCCUUCCUCCCUUUUCCCGUUAUUUUCUUCUGCUAUCUUUCCUUAUUUUUUCUUUCUUUUUUUUCCUUCCUUCUUUCUUUCCUCCCUCCUUCUUCCCUUCCACUCUUUCUUCUUUCCUCCCUCCCUUUUUUUUUUGCUUUUUUUCCUUUCUUUUUCUUUGCUUUCUUUCCCUUCCUACUUUCUUUCCUCCCCCUUCCUCUCUCCCACUCUUCCUUCUUUCCUUCCUUCUUUCCCCUAAUUUCCUUGUGCUUUCUCCAAUAUAUAUUUCUUUCUUUUUCGCUUAUUUUUUCUCCUCGUUCUUCACACCCGCCAUCUUCCUUCGGUUUUCUCACCCGCCAUCUUAUCUUUCCGAGCUACUUUAUUUCUCGCCUCCCGAUCCUCGUCUGCCCUCUGACCAAGUAGCCAAAGACCUAAUUAAACACACACUGAUUUUGAAUAUCUCUCUCUCCCUCCCUCUCUCCCCCUCUCCCCCAUAUCUCUCCCCCUCUCUCUCCCAUCCUUCUCUCUCCCUCUCUCUCCAUCCCUCUCCCUCUAUCUCCCUCUCUCUCUCCCCCUCCCCCUCACUCUCCCCUCACUCUCUCCCUCUCUCUCUCCCUCCUUCCCAUUGCUUGUCCCUUCUCUCUCUCCCCUUCCUCUCUCUCCCUCUCUCCCCCCUCUCCCCUCCUUCUCUCUCCUUCCUCUCCCCCCUCUCUCCCUUCCCUCCCCUCUCUCCCCCAUCUCCCCCUCCCCCUCUCUCCCCUCUCUCAAUAAAUAUGCAACUCGGAAAAGGAUUCAGGCGGCAUGGAAUUAGCGUUAGUCACAUUCGUUUAAUUUAG